AAAUCUGAAUUUAAGCGAGAUGACGAUCGGAGUGUUGGAGGUGAAUCUGGUGGAUGCUCACGGUCUCACCAAAUCCGAUUUUCUCAACAAAAUAGAUCCGUAUGUGUUGAUCCAAUACAAGAAUCAAGAGCAUAAGAGCAGCAUUGCCAACGGGCAGGGCAGCAACCCAAAGUGGAACGAGAAAUUCACAUUCAGGGUAGAAUAUCCGGGAGCAGAUCAACAACCUAAGCUUCUUCUCACGAUUAUGGACCAAGAUACCUUCUCAUCUGAUGACUACAUCGGACUAACAACGAUAUACUUGAAAGAACUAUUGGAACAAGGAGUUGAGAAUGGAAUCGCGGAACUACAUCCUCAUAAGUAUAAUGUUGUGAAUAGUAGCCAAAGCUACUCUGGAGAGAUUCGAGUGGGUCUUACCUUCACUCCAAGGGAGGAAACUGAAACUUAUGAUGAGGAAGUAUUCGGAGGAUGGAAAGAGAGUCAGUGGUAGUUUAUGGGUAAUGACUUCAAUAUAUAGUUGGAGAUCGUAGUCUGUAGACGUUUGUUCAUGAAACUUUAAAGUGUGAUCAAGGUUCAUACUUUGUUUGCUGUAUGUUUGUUA